UAAACGUCGGAAUGUUCUUUUAAUUUAUUAAGGAGUUUACCUCGGACUCAUUCAUGAAGUUCUAUCAUUUUGAGUGAUUUGGCUCACGUUCAUGGUCACGUAAGCCAUUUUGGGAUGUGACUACUGAAAAUUUAUUUGACAUUUACCUGUUUUAGUGUUUCCAUCUAGCCAGGCUGAUGUUUAUGCCGGCAAGAUGGAGUCUUCAAGUGGAGGAACAAAUAUCCCCAAGAUCAUGGUCUUUAGGCCAACAUGGGAGGAAUUCAAGGACUUCAAUAAAUACAUAGAAUAUAUUGAAUCACAAGGUGCUCACAAGGCCGGACUCGCAAAGAUUAUUCCGCCAAAAGAGUGGGUACCAAGGAAGGCUGGUUAUGAUGAUCUGGAUAUAGUGAUCCCUGCCCCCAUUGUGCAAGAGGUGUAUGGUAGUCAGGGCCUCUAUACACAGUAUAAUAUACAAAAGAAACAGAUACAUGUAAAAGACUUCGAAAAACUUGCAAAUGGAGAGAGGUUUCGUACGCCGAAACAUUUUGAUUAUGAUGAGUUGGAUAGAAAGUACUGGAAGAACAUCACAUUUGUCAACCCUAUGUAUGGAGCUGAUAUUUCUGGUACUCUAACUGAUGAAGAUCAGGAGUCCUGGAACAUUAAUAAGCUGGGAUCCAUCCUGGAUUUUGUUGGCAGUGAUUAUGGUAUCAAGAUUGAAGGUGUAAAUACGGCCUAUCUAUACUUUGGAAUGUGGAAGACAACAUUUGCUUGGCACACUGAAGACAUGGAUUUGUACAGUAUCAAUUACAUCCACUUCGGAGCUCCAAAAACAUGGUACUGCAUACCACCAGAGCAUGGCAAAAGGCUGGAGAGAUUGGCUCAAGGUUUCUUUCCGAGUAGUUUCCAAGCAUGUCCAGCAUUCUUGCGACACAAGAUGACAUUGAUAUCACCCAAAGUUUUAAGACAGUACUCAAUACCGUUUGAUAAGAUAACCCAAGAAGCAGGUGAAAUUAUGAUCACCUUUCCAUAUGGAUACCAUGCUGGGUAUAACCACGGAUUCAACUGUGCAGAGUCAACAAACUUUGCUUCAUUGCGCUGGAUAGAAUAUGGGAAGAGAUGUCUGCAGUGCAAGUGUCGUAAUGAUGGUGUGAAGAUUGAAAUGGACACAUUUGUGAAGAGAUUCCAGCCAGAGAAGUUUGAAGCAUGGAAAGCAGGCAAGGACCUGGCUGCUCACCCAGAGGAUGAUCAGAGUAAAUUAUACAAACACAGUGACUCUCGUAAACAGCCUAACUCCUCUGGAAGAAUUGGGCCUAAGAGGCAUCCAAUAUCGAAGAUAAAAACCACAGAUUCUGAAGAGGAAGACAGUGCAGUGGAAGAACGAAACAGAAAAAGAGGUCGACCGCCUAAAGUUAAAACAGAAACAACAGUUGUUCACACAGAUGAUGCAAACAAACCUGCACAUCCACAUAUCAAAUCUGCAAAAGUUGUCAAGAAAGAUAACAAAGAUAACGAAAACAAGUCCACAGAUAAAGGUCAUGCUAAAAAACAGUUUUUGAAAAAGCAAUCAAAGGAUACAGAUGCUGAGGAAGAAGAUGUGAAAGAGAAAAAUCAUGAGAUGGUCGAAUUACCAAAAUCUGAAGUCACAGAGGUAGCUAGAAUUAAGAAAGAACCAAAAGGUAGUGUUAAAAUUCUUAAAGUGGAACAAAUUGAUCAGAAAGGGAACACAGCUGAUACAAAGGGAAAGUGUGCUUCUCGCAAAAAGAUAAAAGUGGAAUCCGACAGUGAGAAUAGUGAUGCAACAUCAGGAAGCAGUAAAACAAAAAUAGAUGUUUAUUUGAACGACAGUCGCCGAACAGUUGCUUUAAAAGCUGAACCAGAAGCUAAAGUUCAAGAGAAGAAACAGUUUAAAACAUUUGAAGAAGCUUUCUUAUACUCUAUAUCGGAUGGAAAUCUAGGGAGGAGAAAUGCUGCAAAACGAAAUUUUGAUCAGUUUUGCACUUCUGGAAGGGUUGGAAAAAGCGAAAGGAGUGCAAGUAUUGAAAGUUCAAUUGUUGAAGUUAAAACAGAAGCGGUUGAGCCAGAACCAGUGGAGAAAAAGGCAAAAAUUGACAUUAAACAGGAAAAUACAGAAAUGGAUGCCAUUAAAACUGAGAUUAAAAGUUCAAUAAACUUAGAGGAAGACAUAGAGAAAUUAAAACAUCAAACUGAUCAGUUCCUUCAAAAGUAUAAGAAAGAUAAUAAUUCUGAAGCUGUUUCACGUAUAAUUAAACUAGAUGUACAAGAAAGAAGCAAAGCAAUGACAAAUCAACCGACAAGUAGCAAUGAACAUAACUAUGUGUGUAAGAAAAAAAUGGCAGCAAAAAAUUUGAAUGAGCAGAAAGUUCAAGAGCUUAAGGUAAAAACUGAACCAGAAAUGGAAUGCAAACUUCCGCAAGAUUUAGUAGAGAAACAUAAAGAUCUCGGACAGGAGCUUAUACAGUUGACGCAUGAUAUUAUCCAACAGCAGUCUACAAAAACCCACAAAUACCUAGAUCAAUCGAGUAAAGGAUUGUUUAAUUACAAGGCUACCUCUGAUUUUAACAGUAAUUGUAACACAAUGAAUGAACAGUCUGUAUAUUCAGCGCCACUGUUUGGUGAAACAGUUUCGAGUAAAUUAAUGCAGUCUAUAAAAAAUCCAACUAAUCCUAUGUACUGUAAAGAAUUUGGUAAAAAUGCAGCAACAAGUAGUUUAGACUUCUCACAGCUUGCGAAUCAAGCUGAUCAUUCAAAGACAGUGAAACCAGCUGAACAUUCUGAUAUGAAUCUGUUGUUUACAAUUCACAAGUUGUCGUCAGCGUUACAUAGUCAACCGAAAUCUGAUCUUGUCCAAAAGUCUGUUCAGCAGCAAUUGCAGCAUGCACCAGGAUCUCAGGGAAAGCACGGCAGCUUGACAGUGGAUGUAAGUCUUGCUGAAAAGGGCAAGAAAAUGUCUAAUGAAAUGAAAUCUCCAGCAAUACUGAGGUCCAGCUGUCCGUCUAUGAAAUCCCCAGGGCGUCAGAACUCUCCUGCUACUUCACCAUUACAAGGUAGUUAUCAGCAGAUCUCCCCAGUUCCAACAGGUAACAGGAUUUCACCAGUUCAGUCUAAGACAUUACAAAAAUCCCCUCAAGGGAGGUCAGCCAGUUCAAGUUUUGUGAGGAUUCAGUCCCCAACUGGCAUGCAACAUCAUGUUCAGCUUCAGGGUCAGCAAUAUACAUCCCCACCAAGAUUAUCAGCGUCUGAAUCACCAUUUCUAAUGCAGAAUACAUCGCCAUCAUUAAAGUCACCACCAGUUUUAUCCCCAGUUGUAAAUACUUCAUCAAUAUCUUUAACAUCACAAACACGUGUACAUAAUACUCUGAACCCAGCUGUAAAUAUUCAACCAUCUCAGAGUGUGUCUGUGUAUACUCCAGGUCAGAGUACUGCCGUGUCAUAUAAUCAACAUGUUGAACAAGGACAGAUUAAUAAUUCACAAGGAAUACGAAUGAUCUCAAAUGGACAAAAGUUAACACCACUUUCGGCUGCCCCACAAAAUCAAAAUGCCACGCAGUCCGUUAGUGGGCAGGUUAUAAAUAUGGGACAAAUUGCUAAUCCAUUGUUGAUGAGACAGCAGUUUGGGUCUCAGCUGCAGGCUCAGACAGUUGCUGGCAACCAGGGUGUCAUGUUACGUCCCCAAGUUAUUCAGCCGAAUCCUACUGGUCCAGUUGUGACUCAGACGCCAGUUAGAAAUGUGAUAACCAGUCCACAGUUAGUUGCUAUGACAAAUCAGGGUUUAGUACAGUUAGGUAUGUCAAGUGCUACUGGCAAUGCUGCAGGUGUGCAGCCAAGAAUUGUUACACAUGGAAAUCAGACUUUUUUACUGAAUAUCCCUGUGAUGAGGCCCACCACCAGCGAUAUUUCUGGUAGUGUUGUGCAGACACCAGCCGGUAACAGUAUUGUUACUGCCGUCUCUUCACAGGGGAAACAAAAUCAGGUUGGUCAGAUUUUACUUCAGUCGCAGACUACUGUCUCAAACAACAGCUUGAACACAGCUGCUCCAGUUUUACUAGUGACUGAUCCUAAUGGUAAAGGUGUUACAACUGUGAAAGCACUGAAAAGUAUUACACUUGGUACACAAAAUAAUGUGAAUAACAUAAUAAAUCAAUCUAAGUCAAGCUUAAAUACACCACAGCUUUUAAAUAACACUAUUCCAGCUUUAAAUGUUCAAAUGUCUGUUCCGUCAUCGGUCAUUUCUAGGAGCAUAAAUUCACCGAGCACAUUGACUGCAACAAGCUAUACAAGUGGGACAAGUGUAGGGCAGUGUUCUAGUGCAAAUGCUAGUGCUGUGUUGAAAAAUACAGUGGGUAACACAGACAAAAAUUGUAAUGUCACAGACUUUACACAGGUGACAAGUCCUGACAGAAUUUUGAAUAUGAAAGAAAGCGUUGUUGAUACAAGGGAUUUGAAAUACAGUGCAGUUUCUGUAGAAGUUAAUUCAAAUGGUGAUGAUUCCUCAAAUGCUGACAAAUAUUCUCCUUUUCUGAAGGAAGCAAAAAGUGACGUUUCAUUACAUCGUAAAUCUUUAAGUGUGUCACCUCCUCCAAGGUUGCAGAGCCCAAAUAAACAUAUGCAACUUGUACCACAACCGAUCGUCCCAAUUUCACAAACUUUUGCAUCAACCAUGUCACACAUUAAGCCAUUGUUCUCUGACCCCUCUUUGUAUAGUGGAGUUAUCCCAUCGCAGUUACUAGAGGGUGAAGAAAGUGAAGAUGUAAAACCCCCUAUUUUGGAAAUGGAAGCACCGAUGCUGGAAAUGGAAGCUCCCAUUCUAAAGUUAGAAUCUGAGGGAGAUUGUGUUAGUGUUAAAAGUGAACCGGACACUUUAUCCAAUUAUUCAGUUGGCAGCAAUUCUAUGAAUCUUUCAAGUUCAUUCAGAUCAGAUCUGGAUGGUAUGCCAGUCUAUCCUAUGACUGGAAAUGGGUUGGAUCCAUCAUCAACUAUCAUUCAGACUACCAGUUACAAUGCAUUCACUGGGCAGGGGAAGCAGGCAGAAAAUAGAAAGCGACGGAAAUCAGCAGCUGAUGGGGUGAAGGAGAAUACAUGUAAACCAAGUGACUUCGUAACUUCGCCUUCAAAAAAGGUAUGGUACUAUAAUUUGCAUGGUAAAUUGUAUACUAUUAUGGUUGCACAACACCAAUUUACAACUGCUGGUUUUUUAAAGAACUGCAAAUCUGGGAAAGGGAAGUUGAAGGAAAUCCCAGACAGUAAGCAGCAGAGAGGGAUUGAAAAGAAGAAAGAUGUUUCCGAGUCAGGGAAGUGUAAAAAGAGGAGUCCAUUGAAAAAGUCGAAGGAGGAGAACUCGAAAAAAGGAGACAACUUUGAUAAGUCUGUUGAAUGGAUGAAACCUUUGAAUAGACUGUGGCAAAACAUGCCACUAGAUUUUGAUGCGGAGAUGGAUUUUAAUAAGGCAUUCUCUCAACAUCAUCCCCACUGCUGUAUAUGUGCUCUAUUUGUGCCAUUUAAGAUCACAUCAGAUGCUCAUGAAACAAGGUCACCAAAGAAGCAUAAAGCUGUGAUGCCACAGCGCUCUCUACCUAUGAUUCCAGAGAUGUGUUUUGCUACAAGUACAGACAAUCCAAACCCAUUUGGAUUUAAUACACUGCUUGAUGAAGAUGGUUUGAGCCCUUUGCUUGUUUGCGAGGAUUGUAAAGUCUGUGUGCAUGCUAGUUGUUAUGGUGUGCAACAUGAAAUAGGAACAACAUGGAGAUGCUCAAGGUGUCACAAACAGAAAAUUGAAGCUGAGUGUGUAUUGUGUACACUACGAGGUGGGGCAUUGAAGCCAACAAGGGAUGGCAAGUGGGCACACAUUGUCUGUGCAUUGGCAAUCAAAGAGGUGAAGUUUGAAGACAUCCAGAGACGAGAACCAAUAAAUACAUCAAACAUCACUUAUGCUCGUAUUAGGCUGAAGUGCCAGUACUGCAGUGGAAUAGUGUCAGAUCCUACAUACAUUAGAAGGACAUGUGUACAGUGUUCUAAUGGCAGGUGUACAUUGUCAUUCCAUGUAACUUGUGCUCAUGCUGCUGGCGUUGUGUUUGAAACAAGCGACUGGCCACACCCUGUCUAUAUCACAUGCUCCAGACAUAUGCAUCUCACAAAAAUAAAACAAAAAGAACGAAAACUGACACAAUUAGAAGUUGGUGAUCGGGUAAUAGCAAAACACAAGAAUACACGAUACUAUGUAGCAGAAGUGCUUGACUGUAGGGACCAGGUUUUCUAUGAGGUAGAUUUUGAUGACGGUUCAUUCAGCCAUGAUCUUUAUCCGGAAGACAUUAAUGGUCAUUGUUGUGAAGAUGGACCACCUCAUGUAGGAACGAAGGUACAGGUUAUAUGGACAGAUGGUACACUCUGGGGAGCUACUUUCAAGGGAACGAAUUCUCAAGUUGUUUACAAGAUUGGGUUUGAGGAUGGGUCAGAGAGGAGUAUACCAAGGGAUGAGCUGUGGAUGGAAGAGGAAGAACUACCAAAAAGUGUGAAAACAAGAAUGUCACAUGCCUCCGAGAGCAAGUAUGAUAUAUUUGACAAGGAACAGAUUAUAGAGAAAGAGGUGAAAGGGCAUAGUAUUCGACAGAAACAGAAAAUCUCUUACUCUGCACUCCUCAACAACUUUGAUGCAUCUUGAAAAUAAGUGUAGGAUUAAGUGAAAAGUUGAUUGAGAACAUUUUCUAGAAGUUAGAGGCGCUGGAAAAAGUGAUAUGGUUUGAAUAUGAGAAUUGAACAGGGCACAUACCUAAAAAAAUCCAGUUUUAACAGAGGAAUAUGAAAUUUUCAGUGUUAUAAUUACCUCCCUUGACAAAACUGACAGACAUAAAGGAGAUAGUCUUUGUAAAUGUCACACAGUUCUGUUGCUCAAGACAUUUGCUUAUUAAGUGUUACAUGUAACAAAUUCAUGAAAUUUUUACCAGCUAAUUUGGUCGUUUAUAUUUUGAGAAAACAUCUUAGGUUUUACUUUUAUUGUGGAGUUACCUUACAAAAUGGUUGUCAGGGAAGAUAUAUUUUUGCCAUAUGCCAAGGGAGAUGAUUAGUGUCAUGGCCCAUCACUAUAAACUAAGGUGGACAAUUUUCAUUUCUGCAGUGAGAAAAGCAUCAGAAAUGCUUCAACUGGUUGAGGCUGGGUUAAUGUGCACAGAAGAAUUUUUGGACAUUCUAUAAGGCAGCUGAUAGCAAGUUAAAAUGUAUUUUUAUUUUUGCUGUUUUGGAGUAUAGUGUAACCUCUUUUAAUGACUCAUUGCAGGAGUGAAUACCUCAUUGCAAAGGCAGAAUUUUUCCUGCAAAUAUAAAUUCCAAAAUAAUUUCUCCAGAGCAACAACUUAACAACAGCUGAUUACAGUCUUGUUGCAAGUGUUUCAUUCCAGAGAGGUUACACUGUCUUCUGUUGUAUUUAAUUCACAAAUAUUGUUAAUGUGUUUUUGUGUAUAUUUUUAAAAAUGAUAGUUAUGUUCAUGGUUACAGUCCUAUCUGUACAAAAGAGCAGCUGUGAACAGAGACCACCUGGCUUUAAAGACCACUGAUUGCAUUUUAAAUUUCAGUGUUUUGGUGUAUUUGAACAUGUCAGUGGUUUUACCUUUAUCCAAAUUUAGGUCCAAGUAAUUGAUAAUAUCUGAGUCAAUACCAACUUUAGCUGUGGUCUUCUGUACAGGUUUGAGGUGUAUCCAUGCAGGGCCUGGUUGUUAUUUAUUACUUAGGCCCAUGUUUCAGAACAAUUUAUGUUAAAGAUAAGUUUUUAUUAACUUAACCAUGUACAGUACAUGUAGAAAUUUAAGGUGACAAUAGCAAAUGAAUGUACAGUAUAUGGUUUGGGUUUGAACACUUUAGAUUGAAGGAGUAUUUGUUGUAUGUUUAAAAUCAAAUGUAAUAAACUGAAAAAUUUAUUAUUCAGAUUUAAGAAAAACAAUUUUAAAAGUACAUUUAGACAAAGUCUUGAUUUAAGGUGUAUUUUUGUAGAUUUAUUUUUAAAGCAGUAUUUUAGUAUUUCUUGUUUUUGCAGUUGAUGUACUUCGACUUUCUCCUUACAAGUUUAACUUUUUUCUCUGUGAUAUAAAAGCAGUUUUAGUUCCUCAUUUAUUUACACACUAAAGACCUCAUACGGAGAUCAUAUCUGAGAAUGUUUUAAAGGAAGUUGGAUAAUGCUUCAACCAAUAAACCUCCUUGGCUGUUUUUAGCUCAACUGUUCAAAGAAUAAGUAGAUCUAUCCUACUCACCACAGUGUCGGCAUCACACUUUGGUUAAAUUUUUCCUGCAAAUCCAUGUUUUUGACAGUUUUGUCGAAAUUAUUUGACGUGGCUUUGAAAUUUUGAACUCAAAUUCUUUAUUAUAACAGUCUCUAUCUGAAGGCAAGAGUACAUAACUUUUGUCAAGUAUUUUGGCUGUAUUGUGGCCCUUUUUGUACUUGAAAAUUGGUUCAUUUUUCGUACAAGUCAAUAUUUUAAGUAAACUGUUUGACAUAUGGCUUUGAAACUUUUAUUGCUUUUUUAUUAUAACAGUCUCUAUCUGUAGGCAAGAGUACCUAACUCUUUCAAAUAUUUUGGCUGAAUUAUAGUCCUCUGCGGACUUGGAAAUUGGUUCAGUUUUCGCACAAGUCCAUAUUUUCUCUAAACUGUUUGACAUAUGGCUUUGAAACUUUGACCACUUAUUUACCAUCAUAGUCUCCAUAAUAUUAUGUAGGCAAGACUACAUAACUAGGAAAAGGAUUUUGACUCAGUAAUGGCCCUUUUUUGACAUAGAAAUUAAUUAAUAAUGAUAAUCAAGUUAUAUUUUGUGAUACAGAGCAAGACUUAUGCAGUUCCACAAAUACAGGUACAUUAUUUGUCCUGUCGAUUUUCUUUCUUUUCUCUGAAAAUCUCUGGUUAUAUUUUGACCCUAUACUUACAUCAAUUCUUCAAAUAGUUGAGCGCGCUGUCGCUCUUGUUCAUGAAUGCUUCAAAAUUCCAAAACAUUUUAUGGCAGUAUUUUUGUCAAACAAAUCAGAACUCUUUUAGAUAUUAAGCCAGUCUUAUGUGAUUUGAAAUAGCGAUAAUGUUGAAAUAGUAAUAUUGCAUUCUUAUCCCAGAAUAAACAGUUUCAGAACAUUCUUCUACACUCACAGUCUGAAUCUUAAGGUGUAAUUUUGUUCAGGUAACACUGAUUUUGAUGAAACUUUGUUGGAAAAUAGAUGCUGUAGUUGGAACAUUCUUGAACUUAAUUGGUGUUAAACUCCUCUACUAGUAAGUUUGAUUUUAAUAUUAGGUACUUCGAGUCUAAGCCCGAAUAUAUAUGAAGUUGGAAUAUUGAUGAAUGUAGACCCUGGGCCUUUGGUGAAAUAUAUUUCAUGAAAUACAUGCAUAAUCUUUGUACAGAGGAACUUGUGUGUUUGUCCAUAUUUUGAACUUACCAAGACAUUUGUAUAUAUUUGAUUCAGACGUGUAUAGUGAAACAUUUAGAAUUGUUUCAUUUGCAUUUUGUGUAAUUUAUAUUUGGUCAGGAUGAAUAUCAGCCAUUGUAUAUUUAUACUGUAUAUAGAGGCCUACAUUCAUGGUGGUAAACUCACAGGAGACAUUUGACCUUACAGUAGAUAUUCUUAAUGUAUUGUUGGGACAGUUUGAAUGCUGAUACACAUAUUGCAUAAAGAUUAUCAGUUUCACUUGUAUUCUAACAUGACCUGAUUUGUUUUCUUAUUAAACAAAGAAUGCUGAAAGUGUGUCUUAAUUAUUCAACAAAAUCACUGUUUGUAUGUCACAAUUAAUACAUCACAGUGGGGCGCUGGGAAGGAAAAUCUUACAAAAUAGGCAACUUUUUGGUUGAUGUCAUCAUGGAUGAAGAUAGUAAUCCUUAUCAUUGUGCGAAAUGUGAAAAAUUUAUCUCUAACAGUGAAUGAAGUCAUUGUCUUUCAGAUACAUAUUAUAAUUCUGACUUUGAAUCACUUAAUUUGUCUUUCGCCAAGGUGGAUAUGAGCUCUGCUCUGGUGUUUCUUUCUUUAAAACCCAAGAAAAUAACACAGUUUUUUCAGGAUGGGUUUUUUUGUGAUCGCAGAUUAGUAGAAAGGUUUGAUAAGCUUAUUCUCGCUUUAACUCUUAGCAGUAUUGCAAGUAUAUAAAAGAUUUUCAUAAUUAUGUAAAAUGACUGCUGUCAUUGUGGCUUUGUCAGAUACCCACAAUUGACUAUUUGCAUUUCACUGCAUCCAUCAAAUGGGGAGGAACUAUCGCAAAAGAAAACUAUACUAUGAAUUUUAUGAGUACGGAGACAUUCAGUUUUUUCGCUUCUACAACCAUAAUCGCGUUUUUUGUCGCAGGAUUACAGGCGAUAACAUAAAUGUGCUGUAAAUAUCACAACAUUCAUUGAAAAUGUAAAUUUCUUUACGUGUGCUGUUUCAUUUCUUUUUGAUGUUCUGUAUAAAUAAAUAUGUAAUAGUUGUUGAA